AUGUCAACAAAAAAGUUUAGUAGCAUAAUAUGGAGAUAUUUUGUAGUAGUAAAUGAUGAACGCGCCAAAUGCAAAAUUUGUGACGCAGAUUAUUCUCGCAAGGGUAAAGGAACAACUUCUUUAAAAAAACAUCUGCAGCGAAAACAUCCCGAAGAAUAUGAUUUAUUCCUUAAAGAAGAUUCCGUUAAAAAGAAAACCGAUGACAUUGCACUUCCGGGGACAUCUUUACAGACUGAGGAUUUCGACAAACUUUUAUGGAUGACUAAGAACUGGGGUUCCGACGAUCAUGUUGUUCCAAAUUAUGUUUUAAAAGGCAGAAAAUAUUUUACGGAACUAGUUUGCAGUGAACUUUACGACAAAGUUUCGUCGAAAAUAAAGAACAUGUUGCAAGAUUUUGAGAAAGUUUCCUUUACUUCAGAUAUCUGGUCCGAUUCUUCAUCGGGGGUUUCAUUGUUAUCGUUAACUUGUCAUGGUAUCACCAAAGAUUUUAUUCGAAAAAAUAUCGUUUUGAAAGCAGAUAUUUUGGAAGAACGGCACACUGGAGAUUACAUUUCGGCAUUAUUUCAAAGCAUGUUAGAAGAAUGGGGAAUUCCAAAACAAAAUGUACACUGCAUGGUAAGAGAUGGAGGAUCCAAUAUGAAACUUGCCUGCACUUUGUCUGAAAUAAAUAAUAUCGACUGUACUGCACAUCAAUUGAACCUGGUGUUCAAGGAUGCUAUUAAAAAAGUCGAUGCAAUCUCCCUAUUACUUACGAAAUGUAGGAAAAUUGCAGGACAUUUCAAUCACUCAACAGUGGCAAAACAAGAAUUGGAAAAAUUGCUUGACUGCACCAAGGACUCGUUGUCAUUUUAUUCUUCUAAUAAUAAAAUAGAACAGCUUAAUGCCGAAGAAUGGGUUUUAAUUCGAGAUUUAGUAAAAGUUCUGAAGCCUCUGGAGGAUACCACAAAAAAAUUGAGCUCACAAAACGUAUGUGUAUCCGACGUUAUUCCUCUGGUACGAGCAUUGACCAAAAUAUAUGACGAGAUUGGCAUUUCUGAUAUAAAUGGAGAAAGUGUCAACAUCAAUUCAGCUGCUGCUGUUGAUUUUGUGUGUUCAUUGAAGAAUGAAUUAGAUCAUCGUUUUUCUGAAAUUGAUAAAAAUAUAUUGUUCCAACUGGCAACAUUUUUAGACCCUCGUUACAAAAGCAAAUUCUUCAGUGACUUAGUCAUCAAAGAUAUAAAACAGAAAUUACUAACAGCUUUAGAAACUGAAGUAAGCCCCACAACAACUGCAACUAGCACAGAAAAAUCUAAUAGUGUUAGAAAGGAGCCUUGCAACAGUUUGGAAGAGUCUAUGGCCAACAUGUUGGACAGUGACGACGAUGAUGGAGAACUUGAUUAUCAAAUAUCAGAUGCAAAAGCUAAUUUUCUCGCAGAAUAUUCCAGAGAAAAAAGAUUAUCAAGAGACCAAGAUCCAUUAAAGUAUUGGCAGAUUAACAGUAACAGACUCGUUGAACUCAGCCGCAUUGCUCGCACAUAUUUAACGUCACCUGCAACAAGCGUACCAAGUGAGCAGUUUUUUAGUGCAGCAGGGAUUGUUUAUGAUCCUCAUCGUAAUAGACUUUUGGGGGACAAAGCUGCCAAGUUAUUCUUUUUGAAAAUAGAUGAUGAAGAUAAUGAUGAACGAGUUUUGAUUUUGAAAAUUGAGGACGAAUACCUACCUCCUAGUGAAGAAAAUUUCGAUUUGGAUUCAGAAAAUGAAAGUGAAAAUAACAGUGAAAAUGCUGUAACAGUCGCUGGCCCUUCUUAUAUCAAUAAGGACAAUUUAUCCGAUGUGAAAGGGAAAUCAAACAUUCGAAGAAAAGAUAAACAAAGGCAAAGAAAUUUUGAAAAGGAACCAACACGAACAUUCAAAGUUGGAAAUAAUGAAGAUGGCACAGUUUGGAAUGUCGCUGAAAUAGGAAUAAAGGAUAGGGGAAGAAAAUCAAAAUGUAAUGUCUUGAAAGAAGUUGGAGGCCCAACAGCACAUGCUAAACGCAAUGUUAUCGACAGCAGUCUUCUAAGUGCCUGGAAGCUUUUUGUAGAUGAAUGGAUCUUGAAGCAUAUAGAGAAAUUUACUGAAGAUGAAGCUCAACGGCAGACUCAUAAUAGAGAGUGGAGUAUAACAUUAGAAGAAAUAGAUACUUUUGUAGCAAUUUUAUAUGCUCGUGGAAUUUAUUGUGAAAAAGGGCUUGAACUGGAUAGCUUGUGA